CAUGAAAGAUUCAAAAGGUGAGUGGAGACUUGGAUACUAGAUAGUUUUUUUUUUUUCAAAAGCAAUUUUUAAGAAUUUUUAAAAUUCAAAAUAAUUUUCAGAGGGCUAUAAAACUUUUCCCUGAAAUCAACUUUUGCUUAUCUUGAAUUUUGAAAAACUGCCAAUCAAACACAAUUUUAAAUUAUUAUUAUUCUUUUUUUUAAUUAAACGAAAUAAGCCUUUUGUUCCAAAAACAUUUCAGUCAAACCAUGAAACCGUUGCGGAAUUAAUUGAAAGUGCUUCAUAUGGAGAGAGAGAGAGAGAGAGAUGGCACUCCAUGCUAAGUAAUAUCAGGCCUUGUCUCCACUAUCAGCCUAGCCGAUCUUUCCCCUUCCAUCUUGUGUGAUGUAACAUGAAAAAAUAAUAAUAAUAAUAAUAAAAAAUAAAAUAAAAAUUAAUAAAAUAAAAUUGGUUUGAUGUAACUAUAUAUAAUAAUAACAUUAAAAAAACAAAAAUCAGAAUCUAGAUAUAAGAACCCCAAUCAUCAUCAGCCAAAUACAACUGUUUUUGCAUAUAUUUUUUGUUUCACUUGCCACUCUGAUAUUACAGAACAGAGUCAUUUAACCUGCAACACCUCAAACAACUCAUCUUCAUAUCAUCUUUUUGUCCUCUUCUUCUCCAAUCUAUCUUCCACAUUGUAUCACACACCUUUCACUUGAAGCUUUCAAGACAAAAUUUUGAAAUAUGUUGUCAGCAUAAUGUCACCAUUUAAAGCAAAAUUCUCAAGAUUAAUCUCAAAACAAGAAAGCAUGCCUCUUUGAGGGUGUGCAGAAUAUUGAUUACAAAGAUGUUUUUAAACCAUUUUGGGGAAAAAAGAUGAGAUUUUGAUCCACCCCCUAACUGUCAAAUACAGAUGUUUUGAGCAUAUUAAUCUCCAAAAAUGUGUAGAAUUACAUACCAACUUGAGCAAAAAGAUGAUUUUUUGCUCCACCAAUCUCUAUCUCCUCUCCCUUCACUCUCAUAUCCUGUUAGUAACUCGGAAUUUGAUAAAGAGUCAUCCCCAUCAUCACCCUCUGUUAGCAGAAUCAGUCCAGUCAUUCUUUUGGCUAUAAUAAUUCUAUCUGUUAUCUUUUUCAUCUGCGGUGUUCUUCAUCUUCUUGUUAGAUUCUUCAUGAAGAGGCCAUCUUUUUCAUCAAUCAUCUCUCAAUCCAACAGACACCCAGAAACAUCAGGGUCCCAGACUCUUCAAAGACAGCUCCAACAGCUCUUUCGAUUGCAUGACUCCGGCCUAGACCAAGCUCUCAUUGAUGCUCUACCGGUGUUCUACUACCAAGACAUUAUCAUGGGUUCUAAAGAGCCGUUUGAUUGUGCUGUGUGUUUGUGCGCGUUCUCGGAACAGGACAUGUUGAGAUUGCUUCCAAUGUGCAGCCAUGCUUUUCAUAUAAAUUGUAUAGACACAUGGCUCCUAUCAAACUCAACAUGCCCUCUUUGUAGGGGGACCCUCGGUACCUUCAACCUUCCCCCGCAGAAUCCAUCGUCUAAUCUUGCCGAAUUACCAAGGGAGCAAUUCAAUGAAAUUUCUGGUGAUGGAGAUGAUGAAUUUUCUGGCGGUCAAAAGCUAGAAAUCACACAGGAAAAUGUUGGUGAAACAAGGGUCCUCCUUGUGAGACUUGGUAAAUUUAGAAGCUUAAAUGAAGGAGGCGACGUUGGAGAGAGCAGUCAUGGGGAGACCAGCAGCUGCAAUUUGGAUGCAAGAAGAUGCUACUCAAUGGGUUCGUUUCAGUACGUUGUUGGUGACUCAAACCUGCGCGUAGAUUUGCCUCGUGUUAAUGGUGGUAAUGGUGAUGUGAGGAUUACCAGAGUAAGAGGUGACACUAUGAAAUGUGCAGUUAAUGGGGAUGUGGAGGGAAAGAAGAUCAGUGGAAGGACCAAAGGCGAGAGCUUCUCUGUUUCCAAGAUCUGGCAGUGGUCUAAGAAGGGCAAUUUACCAAAUUCUUCUUCUCUUAAUGUUGUCAAGAGAUCACGUGGGAAGAUGAAAUUGUGCCCCCCGCAGAAGUUUGGUUAAUUGCAAAAAUUUGCAGGUUAGGGGACGGAUAAUAAGAGAUUUGGCUCUUGUACGCGCAAAACCAUGAGAAUGUUUCGGAUUAAACCUCAUCCCCUGAGAACUCGUGGCGCGAGCACUGCACCGAUGCAGUGGAUUUGGGUUGUGAAACUUUGACAUGAAAACAGUUUGAUUCCACCUCAUAGACUCAUAGUGCAUGUAUGAGUCAGGCAUUGCCUUUAGUGACCUCCUUGGUGACAAACAAGGACUACUAAAGGCAGAUAAGAACACUGAUGGCAUAGCCAGGCAUUGCCAUAGUACAAUGUUGGUCAUGAUUAGUAAAUGAUGCCCAUUUCUCAACAAAGGGCUUAACAGUAAUAAGGCAAAACUUACGAUUGAAACUACUAGCUAGAUCCAAGUAUGAUGUUUGUGUUGGGAUUUAUAUGCCCUGGCAUAGCAAAUUCCUAUCUGGAUUGUAGUGACAUAUGUUCCUGACAUAUCUGAAAUAUUUAUGAUUUAUAUAAUUGGUGAAUUCAAUGUAUUAUGUUUCGAUUCACUAUGAAAUUGAUAGUGUCCAUGUAAU